UUGGUGAAAAAUAUGGAACAUCAAAUCAAUAGAAAUUAACUGUUACAAGUCCUCCUUGCGUCUCUUUUUAAACUCAAAUAUCCAACAAAGAUGCAACAGUGCGCUCGAUACGAAACAGCUGAUUAUUUAAUCAAAACUUCGUAGUUAAAGUACGAAAUAUGCCACGAUUCUAUAACUUUUUUAGCAAGGGGAAAUGUUCUGUGAUUGGGAUGAUACAUGUUGGUGCAUUACCUGGAACACCUUUGUAUAGUGGUAAUACCAAAAAUAUUAUAAGUAAUGCAAUAGAAGAAGCGAUAAUUUAUAGUGAAUAUGAUAUUGACGGUAUAUUAGUAGAAAAUAUGCAUGACAUUCCAUAUGUAAAGCCCAAAGAUUUAACUCCUGAAACUACAGCAAUAAUGACCAGAAUUUGCACAGAAGUAAGGAAAGUAUUACCUCAAUAUAUACCCUGUGGUAUACAGAUUUUGGCAGGAUGUAACAAGGAAGCCAUAGCUGUAGCAAAGGCAGCAAAUCUUCAAUUUAUCAGAGCAGAAGGGUUUGUCUUUUCUCAUAUCGCAGAUGAGGGUUUUACAGAUGCAUGUGCUGGCUCUUUAUUAAGAUAUAGAAAACAAAUUGAUGCAGAUGAUAUUCUUAUUCUUGCUGACAUUAAAAAGAAGCAUAGUUCACACGCAAUCACUUCUGAUGUAAGUUUAUCAGAGACAGUAAAAGCAGCAAAAUUUUUCUUAGCUGAUGGAAUAAUACUGACAGGGAUUACCACCGGUGACCCAGUUAAUGUAUCAGAAUUUACAGAGAUUAAACAGAAUAGUAAAAUACCAGUUCUUAUUGGUUCUGGCGUUAAAAAAAACAAUAUAAAAAAUUAUUUAUCCUCUGACGCUGUAAUUGUUGGAUCGCAUUUUAAAAUCAAUGCAAAUUGGCAAGAAAGAAUUGAUAAAAACAAGGUGAAGGACUUUAUGGCAAAAAUGAAAAUCCUGCAAUAAAGAUUACA